CUGUGGUUUAAAGAUGGUUCAGUAGGUACGCAUGUUUUCCCACAAGACCCUCGCCAACGCCAAGCUAUUACCUUCACCCUCGCAUUCAUCUGGCUUCAUCUUAUUCAGUAGCAACCAUGUCACGCCAGCUCAUCUCAAGCGAGAAGUUCCCUACGAAGCCUCACAACUGCCCUGCCACAAAAGUUCCGGGCCUUGUUUUCUGCGCCGGACAAACAGCCACAGGGGAGAUCAAGCAAGCCACAAGGACAGUCUUGCAGAACCUGAAGGAAGUUCUCGAGCUUUCUGGCUCAUCGCUUGAGCAGGUCGUCAAGUACAAUGUCUACCUUGCAGAUAUGAAGGACUUUGCCGCGAUGAACGAAGUGUACAUCGACUUCCUGCCCCAGCCUAUGCCGUCUCGAUCUUGCCUACAGGCACUGCCUCCCGGUGACGGAACCGUUAUCGAGAUUGAGUGCAUUGCGCAAGCGUAAAUGGUUAGAGGUGGAGUACGAGAACAGCAAUAGCGAAGACGUUCAUAGCAGAGAAGACUUGGAGGAAAGAUCGGAAUAUGCAUAGUCUAGAAAUAUAGCAGCUUCAGCGUCUGACGCGAGCGUGGCCCAGCGGAGACGAAGGCCUUGAAAAUGAACACCAGUAUUCUUACCCUAAUUGAUCAACCACAUACGUGCAGUAUCGUAAAUUUGGUACCUAGAAGUUUCAUUGGCUGCAGGAGAGGGGCUCUCCAAGGCAUCGUAGAU